AUGGCCGUGGCAGGGCCCAUGAUGCCCGCGAAACGCAGGCUGGAAGAGACCCAACAUGAUAACCUGCUACCAUCAGUUCCUCCCUCCAAGCGUCACAAGUCGCGCACGCCUGCUGAAAAUGGCGCCCGGUCAAACUCACCGUCACGUGUCAAGCUGGAGAAUGCCAAGACAAAUCGCGUUCCAGCACCUCCAGCAGCCGGAUCACGAACUGCUCGACCUGAUAGAUCUCUCUUUACAGCUGUUCAAAAGAAGCUAAACGGAGAUUCUCGACGGGUCUCUUCGAGGUCAGCUGUUGAUGUACUUGACUUCACAGGCGACUCGUCUCCGAGUCCUUCAGUCUCACGCUCAUCGUCGGCACUACCAACCCGAAAUGCUAAGCCUUCUACCACUCCCGGCAGUCCUCUAUUCGAAAAGGUCCAAGAGGUGAGGCAGUCCAACAGCUACAGAUCACCUUUUGUUGGUCCAGUUCAGAGUGGUUCACGAUGGCGACAAAGAGAUGGCGGCCACUCAAAAUUGUCGUCCGGCAUAUUGUCCAACGGUGGAGCCGUCGACCGGAAAAGAGAAGGUAUUAACAGGCCGGCGAGCGUCCAGAAGCCACAUAGCUCUAUUCAUCCGGCCUAUACGAGUAUCGAGAAGUCAACCCGCUCGGCCAAUGUGUCAAUCGAGGUGCCACGCAAAACAACUCCCGAGCCUCGUCGAUCAAGCCAACACUCACAUAUUGUGGUUGAGGUUAACACCUCGCCUAGAAAUAUACUCCAACAUUUCCAAGGACCGCUGCCGAAGUCUAGAGCGGAACGUGAGGCUGAGAGAAAGAGACUAUUCACACAACUAAAGCACUCUACUCAGCUUGUACAGGAGAGUCCAGCAUUGGUCGAGCAGUACUUCGGACAGACGGGGUAUUCGAAAGCCUUCAGCGUGGAAAACGAAGAAGAGCAGGCUUUUAUGCGAAGAGCGGCAUCCAAGAAGAAGAGAAGGGUGAACCGACGCGAUAUUCGGCUAGAAGUCGAGUCCUUAACACAAUCAGUAGAAGGCCUACGACUCAACACAAAACUCAUCCAUCCUUCUCGUACUGCCAGAGACAUUCUCACGAGUCGAUUUGACGAGCAGGUUACGCCACCUCUAACCUUCUCUAAUGACGUCAACGAUAAGCGUCUUCACGGCAAAUUCCAAUUUAUCAACCAGUACAUCCUUGGCGAGAAAGUUAGACCCGCGCCUGCGUCGACGAACAGAGGGUGUAAAUGCACCGAUUGCUCCCUGUCUUCAUGCGUAUGCUUUACCAAGGUUCGGACUUACACCCGACGACCGGACGGCAUUGUGGUCCUCUCUGACGAAUGUAUCGAACGCGAGAUCGAGCCUGAUGGACCUCAUUACGAGAUAACCGAGUGUAACGAGUUCUGCAGGUGCGCCCGGAAUUGUUUGAAUCGCGUGGUCAGCAAAGGUCGCACAGUUCCUCUAGAAAUCUUUCAAACUCAGAAAUACGGCUUUGGAGUACGUUCAUCUCAGGACAUCGUGAAAGGCCAGUUCAUCGAGCUGUAUCUCGGCGAAGUAAUCACGGAGGCUGAGCUAGCACGUCGGGAGGAAGCCGAGAACGACGAUGACCCCGCCUAUAUUUACUCGUUGGACUGGUUUGCCAAAAUGUCCAACAGCACCACGUAUCAUGUGGACGGCAAAUACUUCGGGUCAGCUAUGCGAUUUGUCAACCACAGUUGCAACCCGAAUGCACGGUGUUUUACAGUCCAGACGCACAAGGAGGAUCGCAAACUGUAUUACCUGGCGUUCUUCGCGAUCAGAGAUAUCCCCGCUGGUACUGAGAUACUGAUCGAUUAUCUUGGAGAAGGUGCUUUGGAAGCGGAAUCUCAAGAAGAAGCAAACGCCGACUCCCUCGCAGCAUAUGGCCAAGAAUCGGACGACUUGGUGAAGUGCCAGUGUGGUGAGAAGAAUUGUCGAGGCAUUCUAUGGAAGCCUGGAGUCAAGGCUCGACGAAGACGUCGGAACCGGGAAUAA